AAAUUCUUAAUGGAACCACAAACGGGGACCUCUCUCUGACCUGUCAACAGUAAUGCAGACUGAUAACAUAAUGGAUGUAAACUCCCCAAACAGCACUUUUGCCAACAACACAUCACAUACCCAGGCCGCUCCCCACAAUGUUUGGGAGGUUAUAACCAUUGCUACUGUGUCGGCCGUCGUCAGCUUGAUAACCAUUGUUGGUAACGUGCUGGUGCUGCUGUCCUUCAAAGUUAACAGCCAGCUGAAGACUGUAAAUAACUACUACCUACUGAGUUUGGCUUUUGCUGACCUCAUCAUAGGAGCAUUGUCCAUGAACUUAUACACCACAUAUAUCCUGAUGGGUUACUGGUCCUUAGGAAACCUUGCAUGUGAUCUCUGGCUGUCAGUGGAUUAUGUAGCUAGCAACGCUUCAGUUAUGAACUUACUCGUCAUCAGCUUCGAUAGGUACUUCUCCAUCACAAGACCGCUAACUUACAGGGCAAAAAGGACUCCAAAGAGAGCUGCCAUCAUGAUCGGCCUUGCAUGGCUGGUGUCUUUUGUCCUCUGGGCACCACCCAUUCUGUGUUGGCAGUACUUUGUAGGAGAGAGAAAUGUGCCUCCUGACCAGUGCCAGAUCCAGUUUUUAACAGAGCCUGUGAUCACAUUUGGGACAGCCAUCGCUGCUUUCUACAUCCCUGUCUCCGUUAUGACCAUCCUUUACUGUAGGAUCUACAAGGAGACGCAGAGACGCACCAAAGACCUGGCAGAGCUGCAAGGGCUCGCAACCGAAAAUGUCCUAGAGGGGACUAAACCACAGAAAACUGUCAUUCAUUCUUGCUUUCAUUUCACCAGAGAGAGGAGAGAUCGGAGUCAGGCCUCGUGGUCCUCAUCUAACCAAAGUAAUGCCACUAAAACUACCAUUAGAUCAGAUGAGGUGUGGGUGAAAGCAGAUCAGAUAACUUCCCUCAACAGCUACUCCUCAUCUGAAGAGGAGGAGCAGCAUGUGUCAAUAGAAACGCCACAGGGAUCUUUCAAAGAGCAAGGUAGUGGACAAAGUAAUAAGAAUGGGCAGGUGAGUGAUUAUACAGAAGAUCUGUACUUUUCCACUCCUCAAAAGAAGAGCAGUAAAAAACACAUCUCUUACAAAUUGAAACCUGGCUCAAAGGGUAAAAAUGGCAACUCCACAACUGCGACACACUGCCUGCCUGAAGCAGAGCAGCCCACGAAAAACGCCUCCCCUUCCUCCUCCACCACCUCCAAACCCCUUGACCCUGUCCUGAAGAACCAGAUCACCAAGAGGAAGAGGAUGGUGCUUGUGAAGGAGAAGAAGGCGGCCCAGACUCUCAGUGCCAUCCUCCUGGCCUUUAUCCUCACAUGGACGCCAUACAACAUCAUGGUGCUCAUCUCCACUUUCUGUGCAGAGUGCAUCCCUACGUCCCUGUGGCACCUGGGCUACUGGCUGUGCUACGUCAACAGCACCAUCAACCCCAUGUGCUACGCCCUCUGCAACAAGACUUUUCAGAAGACCUUCCGCAUGCUUCUGCUCUGCCAGUGGAGGAAGAAGAGGAGGAGAGGGGAGGACAAGCCGUACUGGAGUGGACAAAAUGCAAAUGUCAACAAUAAAAUGACCUGAUGUGGCAAACUGCAAUGUAAAGCAGACUCAUUGCUUUUGCCACCUCAUUUUCUUGAUAUAUACUGUAGUUGGUUGUCCCCUUCAGCAUGAUGUGCUGCAUGGGAGUUUUGUGUUAAAGUACAUGUUGAUAGAAAAUGAGAUGAGUCUGAUGCAGCACUGAUGCUCAAGAUUAUUACAGAAAAGAAAACCCCGGUAGUGACAUUAUUACAAAGGUUAAAAAUGGGUUCAAAUUAUUAUCUGAAUCUAUUUCAAAGGGGAACUCCACUGAUUUUAAACAUCAAAGUGUACAUGUAGGGUAGUACUACUGAAUAUCUGAAAAAAUAUAAACCCUUUCGGGUCUAUUUUUUUACAAUUAUUUCUUUUCGAGCAUUUUAGGCCUUUAAUUCCACAGGACAGAUGAAGACAUGAAAGGGAAGAGAGGGGGGAAAUGACAUGCAGCAAAGGGCUGCAGGUCAAAGUCAAAUCCGGGCCCGCUAUGUUGAGGAUUAAACCUCUACAUAAGUGAGCCUGCUCUACCAAAUGAGCUAACCCGGCCGCCCUUUUGUGACUUUU